UAACCCGGAGCAUUCUGUGCGAGGCUGCGGGGAAGUUGGCCGGGCCGGCGGGCGGACUCGGGGAAACCUCGAUACUCUCCUCUUCGGGGAGGUUUGCGGACCGGGGUCCUCCAUGGCCACACACCCCGGGGCUAGGCGGACUGGUUGGGGGUGGGUAUGAGCUGCAGCCGCGAGGCCGUCGUCCCUAAUGCGUGGCCACCCGUUGCUGGGUGUUUCAUCACCCCAAUUGCCACGAGGCUUCCUUUGGGGGAGGGAUGCGGGGGAAAGGAAAGGGGCAAGGCUGGUUAGGAGGGACCUCCUGGCUUGUGGCCCCCAAGCCAAUUUCACGUCCCACGAGUUUUAGCUGCAGGGUUCUCAAACUUGAUUCGCCCCCCCCCCCCCAACCCCCACACCAGGACAAAAAGGAAGAGAAUUAUUUUUGUGAAGUAGUUUGCCAACACGGGCACUCCAUUUGUUCACCUCCUCACAAUUCUGCAGGAGUAGAUAAAAGUGGUGGUCUCUGUAACCAGAAAAGCCGAGUACUUGUUGAAAGCACUGGUUGUUAGUAGGGGAAGUUACGAUUUAUUAAAGCGACUUAUUGGCGUGGUAUGGAUUGUUCGCUCUUAAGUAGGUGUGAAGGGAUUUUUCCAAAUUGAUUGUUGACUUACCGGCUAUUGUGGAAAAGUUAGGGCUCUAUGGUUUAGGUUUGUUGUUCGCCUUCCGUUCACCCCACGCAAGAACUUUUGCUAAACGCGUAAUUGAUGUUUACCCCAUUAUAACAAAUAUUUAAGCUUGCACAGCUGUGUUGUGUUGGAACAUGUGUUCACGCACAACUAGGAAGGUUGUCACCUUUUCGUACAGGGCGUAACUUCUGGUUUGCAUACGUGUAAUUUGCCAUGUUCCGUUGCAGGUUGGUUAUCCAAGUGGCCUCUCUGUGGGCGAUUCUUUCUAUAAUGACGACUGUUAACAAAUUUAGGUUUCCUUAGGUUGUUUAUUGGUCAGACCAAGCCAUGUUUUUCCUUAGGGUCACAAGGAAGCCAUGUUUUUCCUUAGGGUCACAAGGCUGUUUCCGUUGAUAUUAUCAAAGUGACUUGACCGAAUUUAAGUAAUUUCCUCCCAAUCAUGUCAAAUUCAAGAACCUUUUAUAAGGUUUCUCAAUCUCAGAGCCAUAGAAACUCUGAAAUUAUCUUUUCUCUGUAUGCGUCCAUUUUUCGUGGAAGAGAAUGAAAGUGUAGCAUUCAUCAGAUUGUCUUUUUGACCGUGGGGUGGAAAAAAACUUAAAAACCCCCUAUUUUUUUGUGCCUUCUCAUCUUUUCAAAAUGCUGAUUUACUAGUAUGUUAUAAUGAUAAACCCAGAUGCUCCAAUUAUUUCUUAUUCUUCCUCCUCACUCCCCAUGUGCCUAGCUCUGAAUUUUAAGUAACCCAUAGAGGGCCUACUAUGUACUGGCCAUGCUUUGCAUUCCUUGUCUCAUUGAAGUCUUUACAACUUUACCGGGCAGGUGGGCUUUUUUCUGUAAUAGGAGGUGCUCUCAGAUUUUGUAAAGUUGGGGGGAAGAUCUGAAGUGCUCUAUAUUAGGGGUCAUAUAACCAGGAUCUGAUCCUGACCUCACCAUUCCUCACCCCCAUCCCCUCAUUAGUCUCGGCCUCUUCAGGCCUUGAUUUUCUUUUUGGUUAUGAUAAUUUUUUUUAAAGCCUUGUUUACACAUCAUUUUGAGUUUGUUAGUGUUUGCCCAAAUAAAUAUUCUUUUGGGUCUCAUGUUCUUAUUUGAGAAUCUUAGACCCUGUAUUGUGAAAAAGUGGAUUAUUUUGAUUCAGCGAUUUCUGCAUGUUUAGAUAAUUGUUUACCAUGUCUGUUUUCCUAUAACUUACAUAGCUUAUAUAUAACUUGUAAUAUAACUAUAAACUAUAACACCAUUUGCUCAUUUGUAGCAUUUUUUCCAGAGACUGUAAAAUACUCAGAGCAGGCAGUAUUGAAUUAUUUGUCAAUUUUUGUAUUUACUAUUACAUUUUUUGAAACGCAUUUCUAGAAUUUCUAGAAGAGUAGAGUUCUGUAAACGACAAAACCAGCUCAUUGUGCAAAAGCUCAAUGACUAGUUUUUUACUUUCUUACUCUUUACUCUUUAUUUUGACUUCUCUUGAACUACUUCUUAGGUACCCCAAUGAGGAUAUUGAACACUGAGGUUACUCUUCCGUCAGCCGUUGUCAAGCUUGAAAUAUUAGUUUGUGGAAAUGUUUGUGGAUUCUUCUGUGGGAUCAGAGAGCACGCCUAUUGUGAUCAGAAAACUCCAAGUAUAGCAGCAGGGAUGGAUGAACAGGCUCUUUUAGGGCUAAAUCCAAAUGCUGAUUCAGACUUUAGACAAAGGGCCCUGGCCUAUUUUGAGCAGUUAAAGAUUUCCCCAGAUGCCUGGCAGGUGUGUGCAGAAGCUCUAGCCCAGAGGAUAUAUAGUGAUGAUCACAUAAAGUUUUUCUGCUUUCAAGUACUAGAACAUCAAGUUAAAUACAAAUACUCAGAACUAACUACUGUUCAACAACAGCUAAUUAGGGAGACACUCAUAUCUUGGCUUCAAGCUCAGAUGCUGAAUCCCCAACCAGAGAAGACCUUUAUACGAAAUAAAGCAGCCCAAGUCUUCGCCUUGCUCUUUGUUACAGAGUAUCUCAUUAAAUGGCCCAAGUUUUUUUUUGACAUUCUCUCAGUAGUGGAUCUAAAUCCAAGGGGCGUGGAUCUGUACCUCCGAAUCCUCAUGGCUAUUGAUUCAGAGUUGGUGGAUCGUGAUGUGGUGCAUACAUCAGAGGAGGCUCGUAGGAAUACCCUAAUAAAAGAUUCCAUGAGGGAGCAGUGCAUUCCAAAUCUGGUGGAAUCAUGGUACCAAAUCUUACAAAAUUAUCAAUAUACUAAUUCAGAAGUGACAUGUCAGUGCCUUGAAGUAGUUGGGGCUUAUGUCUCUUGGAUAGACUUAUCCCUUAUAGCCAAUGAUAGGUUUAUAAAUAUGCUGCUAGGUCAUAUGUCAAUAGAAGUUUUACGGGAAGAAGCAUGUGACUGUUUAUUUGAAAUUGUAAAUAAAGGAAUGGAUCCUGUUGAUAAAAUGAAACUAGUAGAAUCUUUGUGUCAAGUUUUACAGUCUGCUGGGUUUUUCAGCAUUGACCAGGAAGAAGAUGUUGACUUCCUGGCAAGAUUUUCUAAGCUGGUAAAUGGAAUGGGACAGUCAUUGAUAGUUAGCUGGACUAAAUUAAUUAAGAAUGGAGAUAUCAAGAAUGCUCAAGAGGCACUACAAGCUAUUGAAACAAAAGUAGCACUGCUGUUGCAACUACUUAUUCAUGAGGAUGAUGACAUCUCCUCUAACAUUAUUGGGUUUUGUUAUGAUUAUCUUCAUAUUUUGAAACAGCUUACAGUGCUCUCAGAUCAGCAAAAAGCUAAUGUAGAGGCAAUCAUGUUGGCCGUUAUGAAAAAAUUGACUUAUGAUGAAGAAUAUAACUUUGAAAAUGAGGGUGAAGAUGAAGCCAUGUUUGUCGAAUACAGAAAACAGCUGAAGUUAUUGUUGGACAGGCUUGCUCAAGUCUCACCAGAGUUACUGCUGGCUUCUGUUCGCAGAGUUUUUAGUUCAACACUUCAGAACUGGCAGACUACACGGUUUAUGGAAGUUGAAGUAGCAAUAAGAUUGCUGUAUAUGUUGGCAGAAGCUCUUCCAGUAUCUCAUGGUGCUCACUUCUCAGGUGAUGUUUCAAAAGCUAGUGCUUUGCAGGAUAUGAUGCGAACUCUGGUAACAUCAGGAGUUAGUUCCUAUCAGCAUACAUCUGUGACUUUGGAGUUCUUUGAAACUGUUGUUAGAUAUGAAAAGUUUUUCACAGUUGAACCUCAGCACAUUCCAUGUGUACUAAUGGCUUUCUUAGAUCACAGAGGUCUGCGACAUUCUAGUGCAAAAGUACGGAGCAGAACUGCUUACCUGUUUUCUAGAUUUGUCAAAUCUCUCAAUAAACAAAUGAAUCCUUUCAUUGAGGAUAUUCUGAAUAGAAUACAAGACUUACUAGAGCUUUCUCCACCUGAGAAUGGUUACCAGUCCUUGUUGAGCAGUGAUGAUCAGCUAUUUAUUUAUGAGACAGCUGGAGUGCUGAUUGUUAAUAGUGAAUAUCCAGCAGAAAGGAAACAAGCAUUAAUGAGGAGUCUGUUGACUCCACUAAUGGAGAAGUUUAAAGUUCUGUUGGAAAAAUUGAUGCUGGCACAAGAUGAAGAAAGGCAGGCGUCUCUAGCAGACUGCCUCAACCAUGCGGUUGGAUUUGCCAGUCGAACCAGCAAAGCUUUCAGCAACAAGCAAACUGUAAAGCAGUGUGGCUGUUCCGAAGUUUAUCUGGACUGUUUACAGACAUUCUUGCCAGCCCUCAGUUGUCCCUUACAGAAGGAUAUUCUCAGAAGUGGAGUUCGUACUUUCCUUCAUCGUAUGAUUAUAUGCCUAGAGGAAGAAGUUCUUCCAUACAUCCCAUCUGCCUCAGAGCAUAUGCUCAAAGAUUGUGAAGCAAAAGACCUCCAAGAGUUCAUUCCUCUUAUCAACCAGAUUACAGCCAAAUUUAAGAUACAGGUAUCCCCAUUUUUACAACAAAUGUUCAUGCCCCUCCUUCAUGCAAUUUUUGAAGUGUUGCUCCGUCCAGCAGAAGAAAACGACCAGUCUGCUGCUUUAGAAAAGCAAAUGUUGCGGAGGAGUUACUUUGCUUUCCUGCAAACUGUCACAGGGAGUGGAAUGAGUGAAGUCAUAGCAAAUCAAGGUGCAGAGAAUGUAGAACGGGUAUUGGUUACUGUCAUCCAAGGAGCGGUUGAAUACCCAGAUCCAAUUGCACAAAAAACAUGUUUUAUCAUCCUCUCAAAGUUGGUAGAACUCUGGGGAGGUAAAGAUGGACCAGUGGGAUUUGCUGAUUUUGUUUAUAAGCACAUUGUCCCCGCAUGUUUCCUAGCACCUUUAAAGCAAACCUUUGACCUGGCAGAUGCACAAACAGUAUUGGCUUUAUCUGAAUGUGCAGUGACACUGAAAACAAUUCAUCUCAAACGAGGCCCAGAAUGUGUUCAGUAUCUGCAACAGGAAUACCUGCCCUCCUUGCAAGUAGCUCCAGAAAUAAUUCAGGAGUUUUGUCAAGCACUUCAGCAGCCUGAUGCUAAAGUUUUUAAAAAUUACUUAAAGGUAUUCUUCCAGAGAGCAAAGCCCUAAUGACUGGAUCUCCCUGUGCCUACUUCAUGAUCAGGAAUUCCAGUUAAUAAUUUAUGAAAAUGUGAUUUUUGUGUGCCAUUCACACUGACGUUGUUAACAUCGCUUGAGUGUACUGCAGUAUAUGUAUUGGUAUUUUUCUGUAAAUUGGAUAUAAUAUUCCCUAAAUACAGGUAUGUGACAACACAAGUUGCUUGCAUGCCAACUCAUUGUUCUGUAUAAAAAUGCUGUUAAAAGGUAAAGCAAAGUUAUCCUUGUACCUUAAUUUUUUUUUUUUUAAUUUGAAACUUUGAGUCAAUUCCUUUAUAAAGACCACAGCAAUGGAAGACUGUAAUUUUUAAUUGCUAAAUAUAAAAUGUUUGAGAAAUUUCAUUUUCUUCAAUGUGUGCAGACACAUUAAAUAUGGGGGGAAUACAACAAUCAAAAUAAUUUUUUUGUAGCUAACCAUUAUAUUUCUUUAAACUGUUUCAGUACUUACAUGUAUUCUACAAAAGAUAAUGGUUUCAUAAAUUAAUUGAUUUAAAAGUAGGUGUCGAUGUUACACAUUUUUUAUAAAAAUAAAUAAAUUUUAUGUAGUGAAAAUCCACUGUCUUUUUUGGAAUUAUUAUAAAUAUUUUAGCCUUAUUUUCUAGUUUCAAUCUCUCCCUCAUUUUCUAUCUAAAGAUUUGCAAAUCUGAGGGUAUGGAUGCUUUAUUUUACUUAACUAUGCUAUAAAAAGUUAUGUUAAUUAGAAUGUUUUUAAAAAGCCUAUGUGAAUCUUUUCAUAGAAUUAAAAGUCCCAAGUUUCUUUUUUCUGAACCUUUUAUUGGAUUUACUUAGAGCAAAUUAUACCCAUAUGUUUAUGAUUCUUGUUAAGUAGUAGCUGCCCAUUUAAUUACUGGAAGCACUUUCCCUUGCCAUCUCCCAUUUUUAUUUAUGGGUACUCAAGAAAGCAAGAGGAAAAAUCAUAGUAUCAGUAGUAAGUAUCAGAAAAUUAAGGAGAAAGGAGGAGCAGAACUGACCAGAAUUACUUCAGUCAUUUGAGUUUUAAUUCUAAAAGCUCAAUUAUUGGGGGGGGGGGGGUGGGGGUUGUUUUCAUUUUAGCCUUUGGUCCAUUCAUCCACAAGGGGUUUCAUGGAUGGGCUUCAUUGGUCUAUAAAUUCCAUAACCUAAAAUUGUAUUCUAAAUUGUACACAUGAACCUUUUUUCUGGGAUUAAUUCCAGAAGAUAUUUUAAACAUUUUCCUUGCAUCAUGGAAUAAAGGUACUAAACUAAGUUGGCAGUUAAUUGUAAAAAUAAAUUAUAUAAUAUACAGUAGACUGUAUAUUAUAUUCAGUUUAAAAGUUUUAAAAAGUAGAUAAGUGAGCUGGGUGCUUCUUUGGGUGUUCCCCUGUACUAUGGGAGAAAAAAUUGUGUCUAUUGCAAUAUAGUAAUUAUUUAAAGUAUACAAGUAGCAUGGCUAGUGAUUAAGAACUAAAACAACCUGACGCCAGAUUGAGUAGGUUCCAAUACUAGUUCCACCAGGAACUGGUAGAACCUUUGGCAAUAAAUAACCUCUCUGCUUCAGUUUUCCCAUCUGUCAAGUAGGUAAAAUAAUGGCAGCCAUCUCAUAGGUGUUGUGAUAAUACAAUGAAUUGAGCAUGAAAAGAACUUAUUACAUUACUUGGCACAUAAAGGCUUAUUAAUUAACCAUUAUUACAGUACUAUGAAUUCCAUAUAUUUAAAGGUGUUAUCUCUUCCUUUUUCCUGGCUGUUAAACGCUGAAGAUUUGAAUGUGUUCAGAGCUAAGAGAAAUCUAGACAUGGGAAUCAAGAGUCUGUAAUAUAAAUUAUAGCUCUUCAUGUUAUAAUAAUCAUGCAUAAUACCCAUUUUAUUCCUUGAAGCACCCCAGAGCACUUUACUUACAGAGUACCAUACCAAUUAGAACACCCCAUUCCAUCACAAAUAACCUUAUUUGUAUAAUACUUUGUUUCCAAAGCAAGUACCCAAAUAAUUGUCUCAAGGGUGACUCUCACUGUUAUUGGUGAGAAAAUUUAGGCUAAAGGACUUGGGAAUUUGUGUGACUUGACUAUGGAUCCACAGGGUUUUAUGAUACCUGGUCUAGUUCUGCGCCUAGCGUUUAUUUAAAUCUCAAUGUUAAGUGGUUCGUUAAGUGUCUGGACUUUUAAGUAUUUUCAUGUGCAUCAUUUGCUGUGUGGUAAACAUCAGUCAGGGCCUUUGGCUUUUGGCCUUUGGCUCAGUUAAUCACAUUUCCUUCCAUACAACUUUAAACUCUGGGUUUUAAUGUUGGAAGGAACUUUGACAAGUGUCUUCCUUUGUAUCAGAUAUGGGAAAACUGAAAUUGGUUGGAAUUGUAAGCAAUGAGACUUUGUUAAAAUGAUUCCAUCAUUUAAACAUUGUUUGAAAUUGUAAUAAAGUAUCUCCCUUUGUAACAACUCA